UGGCGCUGCCUGGCACUGGGUGGUCCCCGGGGCUGGCCCCGACGGCUCAGAGCGGCCAGCGGGGAUGGAGGGAGCAGCAUCGGCGUCCGGCCGGGCGUCCUGGGGCUGCCAGGGAGCGCUGCCCCGUCCCUCUCCCCUCCUGUAGCGCAGAGGGACCCCCCGAGCCCGGCCAGGCCCCCGGCCCUGCAGCGCCGUGCCAGCGGAAUGGGGAAGCAGAACAGCAAACUCCGCCCGGAGAUGCUCCAGGACCUGCGGGAAAACACGGAGUUCUCCGACCUGGAGCUGCAGGGCUGGUACAAGGGUUUCCUGAAGGACUGUCCCUCGGGCAUGCUCAACGUGGAGGAGUUCAAGAAGAUCUACGCCAACUUCUUCCCCUACGGCGACGCCUCCAAGUUCGCCGAGCACGUUUUCCGCACCUUCGACACCAACGGCGACGGCACCAUCGACUUCAGGGAGUUCAUCAUCGCCCUGAGCGUCACCUCCCGCGGGAAGCUGGAGCAGAAGCUCAUGUGGGCCUUCAGCAUGUACGACCUGGAUGGCAACGGCUACAUCAGCCGGGAGGAGAUGCUGGAGAUCGUGAAGGCCAUCUACAAAAUGGUCUCCUCUGUGAUGAACAUGCCUGAAGAUGAAUCCACCCCGGAGAAAAGGACGGACAAAAUCUUCCGACAGAUGGAUACUAAUAACGACGGGAAGCUCUCGCUGGAGGAGUUCAUCAGAGGGGCCAAGAGCGACCCGUCCAUCGUGCGCCUGCUGCAGUGCGACCCCAGCGGGGCCAUGCAGUUCUGAGCCCCGCCGACCCCUGCAGCCUCCCCCGCCACCCCCGACCCUGCCGACGGUCACUGUCCCUUGCCCGGUCCCUGUGGUCCCCGCUGUGCCCCCACAGCCCCCUGUGGGAUGAGAGCUGAAGCCCAGCUGGGUGAGGGGAGCCCAGGGGACAGUCCCCAUCCCGAGGGGGCUCCUGCACUGGCUUGACUGGUGGGAGGAUGGAGGCAGGGUCAGCCCUGAGUGAGGACAGUCCCCCCCAGCACCGGGGCUUGGAGCAGGGGACAACCCAGCCUGGCGGCCGAGCCACUGCUGCAUCUCCGGCAGGCGCGGGGACGCGGCCCAGGGGACAAAGACCCGGUGGCUGGGGGGUCCCCAGAACCGCCCCCCCCCCCCCGCAUGAGGACACUGCCACGGGCAUGACCGGGUCAGCCCCUUCCCCACACCAGCGCAGGGGGGUGGGGCCGCGGGGGGGCCGCGCUUCUGGGCUUUUAAUACCCGCAGAAUAAAGUUCGUGUCAGUGCA